GUUUUAUAUUCACCUCUCGUCCUCUGUCACCACAGCAGCUAUGGUCCUCGACCUCGGCUACUGUCCAGCAACAGUUCCUCCCUCCCUCCCAAAUUCCAUUGUGAUCACCAAGAAACCCAUCCGUCUUGACGGUGGUACUCCCAAGACAACUUGCGGGAAGAAACGGCGAGAUAUUGUGCCGAAAUCUCUCAAUCGAUCACUCAGCUGCUCCCUCGUGACCCUCCCGUCGACCCUCCUUACACAAAAUUCUCGAGACGUCCUGCGCCGAUCAUGUCCUCGAAAGAGUCAUCCACAAGCCAUCCUCCCUGGAAAUAUUCGUGCCGCGGGUGGACCCUUCUCCUAUGCCUUCCGCUUCUGCCUGGCUUCGUCCCAGAUCAUGGAUGAUUGUCGAUGGCAUUAGGCUCAUUUUGGUAGGGCUGUCAAUACGACCGAACAAACAAGAGGUUCGCUAUUUUUGGCUGCCGAUACCCCGGGUUCACCUCCUAUUGCAAAAAUGGAUAACGCUCUUUACUUUGUCCUCCCCCCCGGGAACCAGGGCCAACAGCACCCAAGCGCACGUCGGCUACUUUCUUUUUCCCUCAUACUAUUAUUGCGGGUACUUUACCCUCCACUACGGUACAGUCACAGCCCCCCAAUCGACGUGUGUUGGAGGGCGGGAAGGGCGUGCUCUAGAACGCUGCGAAUGGCUUGGGAAUUUUCCCAUUGGGUUCGUCAGACGCCUUUGCGUCACAUUCUCGUGUUUCCUAUGGCUUGGACAUCUUUGGCUCCAGGCUGAAACGUUUCGUUGCAUGCUGAUCCCCUGCAGAGUACCGGGCCUUAGAAUCAACCAUUCGACCAUUUGUUCAUGUUGUCUGCAGUCACUUCACACCAAAACAAAGCACACCCUAGUUAGUACCUCGAGUAUGCCUGUGUCUGCCUCGUUGCUUGGCCGACUAUACCCGAACCUGUCUCGUGGCUCCAUUCUGGCGCUCGUUACCGACUUCUCAAUAAUCCGUUGUCGAAGAAAUGACCUGAUUUUUUGAUAGCUCUCAUGCCCAAAACCACUCCAGCAACCCAGAUGUCCUGAAACUGUUUGCUAACCACAUACACGAUCAUGACUUUGGACCACAGUGUCUCCAGCGACCUUUCGGCGGAUAUCACGUCGAUAGCUUCAUGGGAUUUCUCGUCAGAACCAACCACUCCGGGAAGUAAUGGUUCGCGACGCAGCACCCAACCAAAGACCCGGACGCUGGCUCCCAAUCUCACGCGACGAUCGCACAAAAAGUCCCGCGGCGGUUGCUUUAGCUGUAAACAAAGAAAGAUCAAAUGCUCAGAGACGAAGCCUGCGUGUGGGAGUUGUUUGAUGAAAGGACUUAGUUGCGUCUAUCCAACGGAGCCAGCAGUGCGCAAGUCGAGCAAUCUGCCGCUGAUAAGGCGGAAUCCCAGUACUUCCCCAUCCUUCCCAGCUGCCACAUUUUCAAUCCUGGACAUGCGAUUCUUCCAUCACUUUCUCACCAUCGCCUAUCCACACCUACCAGUCGACAAUGAUCAUGUCUGGAUCAACGAUAUCCCUCAAUUUGCUGAACAGCACGAAUACCUGAUGCACGCGUUGCUUUCGCUCGGAGCCUCCCACCUCAGCCGCCUCACAGGCGUGGACUACCGAAGAGAGUCUCUGAUUCAUCGCGGCCAGGCUAUUGCGGGCCUCAACCAAGCACUCAGCCAGACCGCGCGUUCCUACGGAGAGGCGGACGCCAUGCUCGCUUCUUGCUACGCCCUUACCUUUCAAGCUUCAUAUAUGAGUGACGGCCUGUCUGAUUUCAUCACCAUGGUGCGAGGCUGCGCCCUUACAACGGAGAAAAUCAAAGAAGAGCACUCCCCUACGGCGUUCAACCUGCAACCAGACUGGCACUUCAAAUACAUGGCGCCUCGUCUGCAGAAUCUGCCACCCGUUGACCCUCGAUUGCUGCAAGAUGCGUAUACGGCCCUCGAGAGCAUUCGGCCGUUUUUGACUGGUGGCACAGAAAUCGAUUUCCACGCGGCACUCGUCGAUGUAAUCACCUCGCUCCAAGCCUCGCCAGCAUCAGGCUAUAUACAAUUCAUCGGCGUGUAUGGCGUAUGGUAUGAACUAUGCCAUGACUCAUUCAAGACCUUCCUGGACCCAAACAAUCUUGUCGCUCAGCUCCUUCUUGCUUACUUCGUGGGCGUGCAGUUGUUGAUGGUUCCUCUCGCGGCGCAUGAGUGGCCACACCGUGCAGAUGUAAGCCGCGUGCGCGUCCUGCAGGGCACAGUCGAGUGGGCUCAAGGAAUUUUCCAGAGACUCGAGGAUUCAGAAUGGGAAGCGCACCUUGAUUGGCCAAAGAACGUGAUUGCCACUGUUCUUGCGGAAAUCAAUGGUGAUGUGCUCCAACUGCCACCUGUCCUGCAGCUUCAUCUUACAACGCGGGAUAUCACCCCCCAGUCGACGAUUCUGACACCUACUUGAUGUGGUUCAUGAGAACAGGAUGAUAUCAGUCAUCAUGGAGACGAGCAUACCCGAAGGGUGGGAGAAAGACAGAAUGACAAUGCCAUCAUAUAAAAGUGCAGGUCAGUAUUCAUUCGCUAGAGAGAUGCCGGUUGAAGCUCGAAGCAUCCACUUACGGUCGAUUUCUGGAUCUUCCAGGAAGGCUUUUUGGAGGGUUAGGGAAAUGCCUUCCCCCAAGUGAUUUCUCUUACAAGUAUUGUAUGUUGCAUGGGGAGGUUUUGUCCAGAUGGGUAAUUCAACACCAGCAGAUUGAGCGUCGAUUCAGGCUCAAAUACCACACCUAUAGGUGACUGAAGGUAGUCUUUCCAGGGCGAGAAAUUGAUAUCCUCUUCUCCCAGAUCGCACUCACCCAUGGUAUACGUGAAUCCCCAAGCAAUAUGUCAAC